UCUGAUGUUUUAGCAAAUGACUGGUCAAAGUUCUCUUGGAGACUAUCCGAAGAUUCUCUACUAUGCAACGUUUCGGGAUCAGUUGUUUCGAAAGUACGCUUUCCACCCACCAAGGAUCCACGAACGUUCUCGGUUCGAAUCCUUGCCGGUCGUGGACCAAGAUGUUUUCGUAAUCUGACAAUUGAAAAUGAGCAAAUUUUGGGAUGUCCGCCAUUGCUGAACAGAAAUCUCUUCCAGUCGACAUCUUUCGAGUGUGGAUGUGAUGCUAGAACAUUAUCGGGCGCUGAACAACUAAUCCAUCAUAAAGGUUAUAAUAUGAGCGCUUCGUUUAGUGAGUUCAUUGCUUGA